AUGGUGUUAACAGAUAACGAGGAAAGUAAUGGCAAUCCGCUGUGCACCGAGGAAAUUCAGGAAAAAGGAGCAAAUGGAAAUUCAUCAUCAGGGAUCAUGGCCGAAGAAGCAAAGGAACUUUUUCUGCAAGGAAAGCGCAACCUGCUUUGUGGUAACAUCGACGAAGCGGUUGAAUGCCUUGGAGCCUGUUGCGUUAAUUUUACCGAGCUGUAUGGAGAGUUUGAUGUUCGAUGUGCUGAACCUUUGCUUACAUAUGGCAGAGCUCUGCUAGAGGCUUCACGGAGAGAACCAUGUUUGAAGGAAGAAGCCGUGAUAAAUGGAGAUCAUAAUAACGUUGCUGUAGCGGAUUCGGUAGAUCCUCAAGAAAAUGUACCUCAAGGUCCUGAAACUGUCCAAAAUGACAGCGACAAGGAAGAAAAUGCGUUAGAAAGGACGACCGUCGACAAGCCAAAUGAAGAUACGAAAGUGGAUGGUCCUGUGACAGUGGAACCGGAAAAAGUCGAAGGCGAUGACAUUCCAACCGCCGACGUUCUGGAAGACAAUAAAACUGUUAAAGUUUGUGAUUUAGAUAAUGCUGCUGACGAGGUUAUAGUUUCACAUAAUGAAUCUGAUGAUGAUACGUGCGAAAGCAACGAUGAAUCAGAACUUGAUGAAAAUUCAUCAGAUGCGGCUGCCGAGGUACCAGAUCUUCAGUUGGCCUGGGAAAUGGUUGAUUUGGCAAGAAUCAUAUGGGAGAAAGAGAUGAAUGACGAUGGCAAGUUAAUGGCAGCCGAAUGCCGAUUAGUCCUGGCCGAAAUUUCAAUGGAGAGCGAUAACCACGAAGAAGCUCUUAAGGAAUUGAACGGAUGUCUUUCUGUUCAGAAAACCCUAUUACCGUCUUGCGAUCGAAGGAUUGCUCACUGCUAUUACCAGAUAGGGUUAGCGAACAUGUUGGGAAAGAAGUACAGUGAUGCACACGAAGCUUUCAGUCAGACGCUUAAUACCCUAAAAAUGAAACGCGAUGAACUUCAGCAAAAGGAUUCCACCAACGGCAGUGACGCGAAUGCCGUCGAAAUAGCUGAUCUCGACUCAGUUAUCAAAGAUGUAGCACAAUGCAUGCAGGAUGCACUGGAAUCCAGCGAAAACCCUGCUCCUUCGUCACUGAAAUUGGAGGAUGAGAACGAGAUCAAGAUCACUUCGAAAGAUAACACGGACUCUCCAAUGAUCCACGACAUAUCUCAUCUGGUUAGAAAAUCGUUAAAGGAGGACAAAGUGCAGUGUUUACUUGUAUCGUUGGCCCGGAAAGCCAAGAUGAUUUUUCGGUUGGUCGCUGUCAAAGGAAACUACGAGUUUGACGGUGUGAUUCCUGAACUGCUGCACCCGUCGUUCAAGCAACCACAGUACCUUGCAGAAUUUGAGAAGCAGCGUUGGAACCCUGAUGAGGACUGGACGGAAUUGCGCAGGGAAGUCAGUCACCUAGUGAAAAUAGCCUAUCCGUUCCUCGACAAGAGUGCGGACACGUGUUCGCAUUAG